GACUCCAUUUCCCGGUGUCCGCUGCGGUGGCGCGGGGUGUAACGGGUGUUGUAGUUCGGCUGCUCUUCUGGCUGGUCCAGCGACAUCGACUCGCAGGAUGUCGGAGGUGCGGCUGCCACCGCUACGCGCCCUGGAUGACUUCGUUCUGGGGUCAGCACGUCUGGCGGCCCCGGAUCCAUGCGACCCGCAGCGAUGGUGCCACCGCGUCAUCAACAAUCUCCUCUACUACCAGACCAACUAUCUUGUCUGCUUCGGCUUCGGUCUUGCUCUGGCUGGGUACGUGCGCCCGCUGCACACCCUCCUAAGCACGCUGGUAGUGGCGGUGGCCCUUGGGGUGCUGGUGUGGGCGGCCGAGAGUCGUGCGGCCGUGCGCCGCUGCCGCCGCAGUCACCCUGCCGCCUGCCUGGCUGCAGUGCUUGCCGUUGGCCUCCUGGUUCUCUGGGCGGUGGGCGGUGCUUGCACCUUCCUGUUCAGCAUUGCCGGGCCAGUGCUUCUGAUCCUGGUGCAUGCCUCGCUCCGCCUGCGCAACCUCAAGAACAAGAUAGAGAACAAGAUCGAGAGCAUUGGUCUCAAGCGGACACCAAUGGGGCUGCUACUGGAGGCGCUGGGACAAGAGCAGGAGGCUGGAUCCUAGGGCCUUGGGAUCUGUACCCAAAACCUGAAGGAUACCACCCCCAACCCCGACCCAUAACUGAGAUUCAGAGUCUUUUCCCAGCCCUUAAAAUAGGAGCCCCUUGCCCAGUUCAAAAAUAAGGGCAUCUAUAAUGCUGCCCCCCUGCCCUGAGAUCCAAAACUGGGAUAUCCCUCAUACCCAGUCCCUGUUACCUAGAGGAACAGAGUUCCUCAGUCCUGAACUUAGGACACAGAACCACCCACAUCCAGCCCAAAACUGGGGCUUGGAGACAGGAGUAUCCAUGGCCAAUAUCAAACUAGGUAGACACUCCCCCAAACCUAAUCUGGGAUACACUUGUCUCCCAUGCUCAGCCCCAAAGCUGGGGUGUGGGACCAAGGCAUUCUCAAAUCUUGAACCUUAGACCAAGGCUUUUUCAGACCACACCACAGCUUUGAACCCAGAACAAGGCAUUGCCAAAUCCUGACUCCAGGAACCAAGUGUUGUCGGUCCCCCUCUGGGUAGAAGUCAGGUAUUCUGAUCCUGUUGAACCUUGAUCCCAAGUUACCCUAACACUCACCAGUCCCAUUUGCCUCCCUCCAGCUCUGCUUAGGGAUUCUGCCCUGCACGCCCCCCCCCUCCAAGUUCCACUGUGGUAAGGACCAUGGGGUGGGGUGGGGGUAGUCCUAACCUGGAAUGAGGCAUAUAUAUCAGUGUUGUUGCUACAAUAAAGGCUGUUACAUCACUCAAGCUAA